UGGCGGAACAUGUAAAGAUAGAGUCAAUGGUUACACAUGUUCUUGUGUCCCUGAAUAUAAUGGUCAAGAUAAUUACAAGUGUACUGGGCCAAAUAUUCGCGUGGUACACGUAGGUGGCAGUACAUGGGGAAGACUUGAAGUAUACUAUAACAAUGCGUGGGGUACUGUGUGUGACGAUUAUUUUGAUGACAUUGAUGCUAAGGUUGCUUGUAAACAUCUAGGUAUGAGCUAUGAGGGGGCAACUUUCAAAGCAUAUCUUGGUGGUGGUACAGGAGAUAUAUGGUUAGAUGAUAUGGGAUGUGUAGGAACAGA